GUGACGAUCGUCAUCCGGCCGGUGACCACCGUCGUCUGGCCGGUGACCACUAUCUCCCCUCCCCCACCAUGGUCGUUGUACAACCUCUAUCACUGCAAUACCACCAGCCCUUCCUCUGUCAACCAUUACUCCACCACCAUUCAACUAUGACCAACCAAGCUCAACAUCUGGUCUUCAUCGCCAAAUUGAAGGACGCUGACAGGAUCGCGGCUGCUGACAAUUGUGGAAUCGAUCAAUCAUGGAAUGCAAUCGAAACCUUAGCCAUUUUAGGAACAGAUCUGGAGGUUGUGUCGAGGCUCCGCCUCAAAUCGCCGUCUUCACCAUUGCAAGACAUCGCGUAGAUCUGAGGAGCCACCAUCGGGAUAUGGUUUUCGUCUCUGGCACGGACGAGAUCUGGUCUUCGUCGCUGGACUGGGAGAGCAAAGACAGAGAUGCGGACAAGAAGAAAGGAGAGGAGGAGGCGCGGAGAGGCGACGAGCAACGGCGAGGGAGACGGUGAAGAAGGAGAUGCUGGCAGACUUCGAGCCAUCUUCGAGCAGCGCACAGGAUUCUUGGAGUAGGGACGAUGAAGACGGACAGAAAUAAGAGAAGCGAGACGCAGAGUUUGAGGGAGAAGCUGUCCGGAGAGAAACUGUGCGGAAUGAAGCUGUGCCUGGGUCACAUUUUUGGAAAAAGAAAAAAAAUGUUAUAUUUCUGGAAUUUGAAGUCAUAUGUCAUAAAUAGGCCAUUAUUUCCAUGUUUUUUAUGGGUAGCGUUUAGGGACUAGGUUUGAGGUGAGUUGAGGGACAUAAAUAAUAAUUCGG